AUGGCAACCCGGUCGCUAGUCAGCCCCUACGGUAACUAUGGCAACCCGGUCGCCAGUCAGCCCCUACGCAUUUCAACGGAAAGGCAUCGAGCCGAAGUCCGGAGGGCGGUAAACGAUGAGCGAUUGACAACCAUUGCGCAUAAUAUGUCCGGGCCAAACAGCUCUUCGGAGUGGUCCAUCGAAGGGAGGCGGCUGGUCCCUCUGAUGCCCCGGCUGGUUCCCCAAACGGCUUUUACCGUCACGGCGAAUGCUGUCGCCAACGCCGCUCUCCAGCACAACGCGUCUCUUCCGUCUCCCGCAGAGACAGGGAGCAAAGAAAGCGAGGUGGUGGUGUGCUACUCCUACACGAGUACGACGUCCACCCCGACAUCCACCCCGGUGCCGAGCGGCAGCAUCGCCACGGUCAAGUCCCCCAGGCCCGCCAGCCCGGCUUCCAACGUCGUCGUCUUGCCGAGCGGAAGUGCCGUUUACGUCAAAAGCCAUGGUGGAAUAGAGACCAAGGAGUAUAGCCAAAGUUGCCCGAAGAUGAGCAGCAUCAUGCAGAGCAUCGCCAAUUCCUUGCCUCCCCAUAUGUCCCCCGUGAAAAUCACCUUCACCAAGCCCUCGACGCAGACCACCAACACGACAACCCAGAAGGUGAUCAUCGUCACCACGUCGCCCAGCUCCACCUUCGUGCCCAACAUCCUGUCCAAGUCUCACAACUACGCGGCCGUCACCAAGCUGGUCCCCACCUCCGUCAUCGCCUCGACCACGCAAAAGCAGCCGGUGGUCAUCACCGCCCCCCAGUCCUCCCUGGUCAGCAGCAGCGCCAGCAGCUGCGCCGCGCCCUCCGCUCCCAGCACCGUGGCCGUAACCACCGUGGUGUCCUCCACGCCGUCCGUCGUGAUGUCAACCGUCGCGCAGGGGGUGUCCACGUCGGCCAUUAAGGUGGCCUCGGCCAGGCUGCCUUCUCCCAAAAGCUUGGUGGGGACGCCGACCCAGAUCCUCGCGCAGUUUCCCAAGCAGCAGCAACAACAGCAGCCGCAGCUGACCCAAACGUCACCGGUCACCCAGACGCCGACGCCACCCCAGCCACCGCCGCCACCCCCUCAACCGUCUCCUCUGCCCCCCGGCAUCAAGCCCACCAUCCAGAUCAAGCAGGAAUCAGGGGUCAAAAUCAUCACUCAGCAGGUGCAGCCCAGCAAGAUCCUCCCCAAGCCAGUCACGGCCACCUUGCCCAGCAGCAGCAACUCUCCCAUCAUGGUGGUGAGCAGCAACGGGACAAUCAUGACGACCAAGUUGGUCACCGCCCCUACCGGGACUCAAGCGACUUACACCCGUCCGACGGUGAGCCCGUCCCUCGGGACACGCUUGACCGGCACGCCGGGGGGCGCCACGUACGUCAAGACCACCAGCGGCAGCAUCAUCACAGUCGUCCCCAAAUCGCUGGCCACCCUCGGAGGGAAGCUGAUCAGCAGUAACAUCGUUUCCGGUAACUCCUUGAUGAAGACGUAUUUUCAACAAAAAGGAACGACCACCAAAAUCACCACCAUCCCCGUGACGUCCAAGCCGAACGUGAUCGUUGUGCAAAAGACGACCGGCAAGGGCACCACCAUCCAAGGCCUCCCUGGCAAAAACGUGGUCACGACGUUGCUGAACGCCGGGGGAGAAAAAACGAUUCAAGCGGUCCCAGCCGGGGCGAAGCCAGCAAUUAUCACUGCCACCAGGCCCAUUACCAAAAUGAUCGUCACGCAGCCAAAAGGGAUCGGGUCCGCUGUUCAGCCAGCCACCAAAAUCAUCCCCACCAAAAUUGUGUACGGCCAGCAAGGAAAGACGCAGGUGCUGAUCAAGCCAAAACCGGUGACCUUCCAGGCCACGGUGGUGAGCGAGCAGACGAGGCAGCUGGUCACCGAAACCCUGCAGCAGGCGUCCCGUGUGGUGGAGGCGGGGGCCGCCGCCCUGCCGGACGUGAAGGAAGAGCCCCAGGCGUACACGGACAGCAGCUCCUCCUCCACGGAGUCCUCGCAGGGGUCCCAAGGCCGUAAGUUUUCGAGGAACAUGCUCACUGCUACCACCAGAGAGCGAGCGUGGCGUGAGUAUAUUCAGACGGCUCCAAAUGGGAGGAGCUAUGCAAAUGCUUAUGGACCGAUCAGAGCAUUGAGUCUGCAAGCCAGGAGGUGGGGCCUCCUCGAGGCUGGGCGAGAGACUGAGAGGGUCUGUCUCCCCCCCCCCCCCCCCUCCCAGCCGGUGGUCCACGUCAUCGCCUCCCGCAGCCAGGACUGGUCCGAGCACGAGAUCGCCGUGGACUCCAGCCCCACCAUCAUCUACCAGGACGUCUCCAGCGAAUCGCAGUCGGCCACCUCGACAAUAAAAGCUCUCCUGGAGCUCCAGCAGACGACAGUGAAGGAGAAGCUGGAAUCCAAGCCGCGGCAACCGACCAUCGACCUGAGCCAAAUGGCCGUCCCCAUCCAGAUGGCCCAGGAGAAGCGCCAUUCUCCGGAAAGCCCCUCCAUCGCCGUGGUGGAAUCCGAACUCGUGGCCGAAUACAUCACCACCGGACAGGAAAUCAUGCCCUGUUUACACCUUCCUGAGAAGGUGCACCAGCCCAUAAUAUCCCAAGGAUCCUCUGUUACAAAGAUAACUUUUGAAGGGCAUCAGCCGCCUACCGUGUCCAAGGUGGCCGGAGUCGGUCCGGCGCCUAAGCCGCCCCCGCCCCUCCCAAGCCUCUUUUCGGCCCAGGUGCCCACGAAGGCAGCGGUAGCGGACAUUUUGAAAAUGUCCAUGAUGGAAGCUCAGAUUGACACGAGCGUAGACCGGGCGGUAGCAGAUCCCCCCAGCAGCAAGGCCGUGCCCGCCGGCAACCCGACCGGUGAAGCGGACUCGGCACCCGCCUCGGUGCUGAGGGUGGCCACAGUCGGAACGGGCACAGCCGUGGCAACGUCUGUCUUGCAGCCGCCGAAACGCUUGGACUCUGCGUCGAGCCCUCCCACGGUUGGGCCGUCUUUAUUGGAGAGGAAGCAGGCGGUGUCGGCGCCCCCCGCAGCCAGCCAGUUUAUCCGUAUCCAGAACAUCGCCCCGAAGAAAGCAGAGGAGAUCCCCACGGAGAUCUUAAUUCAGACUAUCCCUCAGUAUUCCGUGGCCUGCCACUCCACCUCCAACGUGGUCGUGGAACCCAGUGGGCUCCUAGAACUCAACAACUUCACCAGUCAGCGCCUGGACGACGAGGAAACCGUCAUGGAGCAGGACGUUGACAGCAGCAAUGAGGAAGGAGCCGAACCCAGCCCCAUGCCGAGCUCGGAACAGUCCUAGCGCCCCCUGGAGGCGCCAGUGCGCACUUUAUACACAUGGGAAGAAUACAGCCUCGGCCGUCGGCAUCCAAGGCACCCCUGUGUUCUCGCAAAGCACUUUGUCCACACGGGGAGGGUGUCGGGCUCGGAUCCUUUGCACGCGGGGAGUGUUAAUUUGACAGUAUCGGCAAGGCUGGAUCACGGAAUGGGGGGAGGCGGAGUCCGCCAUACCAGGGUCAGCUUUUACGGCAGCCGAAUGUGUUACUUCAAGCAGAGGAGAGAGAAUGAUGCAGGGCUUUCCUUUUCUUUUUCUUUGUCGUUGCUACGGUGUCCAAGAUCAGCUACUGUAGCCUCUUGAAAGUAAAAGAAAUAACUGGAGAGACCCUGUUUGUAAGCAGCGGAAGGAAGAUCUAGCACAAAGAGCCUUUUUUUGUUGUUACAUGGCGUUCCAGGUUUCUGAAAAGAGUCCUUCACAGGGCCGGGAAAUCACCUAAAGAAAUUCCAACCUUGAGGCUUUUUUUGGUUGUUGUUUUUAAGUUAGCUGGAGAAGAAUUGGCCUUGUUUCUUUCUGUUUUUUUUUAAAAUAGUGUUGGUUAAUGAUGAGGAAAGAGCAGAAGGUGGGGGAACACAAUGGGAGGGGGAUUUGCUCCAUACAAGAAGCGUGUUUUUUCGGUCUGUCACGCAGAUUUGAAAAUUUCGAGCCCG